GUGAAAGACGGCAGCUUGGGGGGAAUAGUUUUAAUAGUGACUCUGCUGUUUUCCGGCGAUCGCUGCGGUUGUUGUGGUGUAAGCACUUUGGUGAAGUUUCAUUUCUUGGUGUUUUUCCUCCGGUGAAAAUCGAUGGAGAAGCUGCGGAGAGUUCUGAGCGGCCAGGACGAUGAGGAGCAAGGUCUGACGGCGCAGGUCCUCGAUUCAACAUCACUCAGCUUUGGGACAAGGGUGAAGUGGUUUGCAAUUUGCUUUGUCGUUGGAGUUUGCUUUUCAAUUCUUGGAACAGUUUUGCUGUGGCUUCCAGGUGGACUCAAAUUAUUUGCAGUGUUUUAUACAUUAGGAAAUAUUGCUGCUCUUGCCAGCACCUGCUUUCUCAUGGGACCAUUGAAGCAACUGAAGAAGAUGGUUGAUCCGAACCGUUUGUUUGCCACUAUCAUUAUGUUGUACAAGAACUCACUCUGUGGACUGUACUAUCAAUGGCUGCAAUCUUUCCCACCGAAAAAUAAUCAAUUAUGCUUCGCCUUAACGCUAUGUGCAGUCUUUUGGUGGCACAAAAAAGGACUAGCCCUUAUCUUCUGUAUAUUGCAGUUCCUGGCAAUAACUUGGUAUAGUCUGUCAUACAUUCCCUAUGCAAGGGAUGCUGUCAUAAAGUGUUGCACUUCCUGCCUCGGAUAAAUCUGGAAGAUGGAAAAAUAGACCAGAAUCGGAUAUUUCCAGAAGGUUGCUUAUAGCCGGGGGAAGGACUGCCUACUGUACAUUUUGUUUCUUGGAUGACUCCUAAAUACUAUUCAUUGGAUUAUUACAUAGAAAAUGAUGUAAUAUAAAUUUGUUUUAAAAAUGUCUGUUGCACAUGUUACUGAUUAUAUGCUGUUCCAAAGAAUCAAGCUUUUGUCCUUAGUUAAGGAUUUUUCAUCUUUUAUAUAAUUGUUUCAUAUUUAACACCAUUCCAUGUGCUUAUAUUACCUGUGUUUUAUUUGCAUUGCUGAGCAAAUGAAUUUUGCUUAUGAAUUUCAAAGUGGAAAGCUAAUAAUUGUAAGCAGCAUUUAUUUAGCAAAGACCGAAUCUGUGUGCUACUUUAAAGUGAUUAUUGCUUAUACUAUAAAGGGAGCUUGUAUAUAAAAUUGAACCACUCAAAUAAUAACUCUCUUUAGAUAAAAGUUACUGCGUUUUUAUUUGCUUAGCACUUAAUCUCAUUUAAUGUUUUGCUUUGCACAUAUUGGUUGCAGCGUUUAUCUACAAUUUCUGCACUAAAAAGAAAGUAAUUAAUGUUAUGUACUUUAAGAUGUCCUUGAAAAACAUAGGAACAGGAAUAGGCUAUGCCACUUCUUGGGCCUAUUUCUUUAUUUAAUUAGGCUAUGAAUGAUCAUAGAGAUGUAGAGCACAGAAACAGAUCCUUUGGUCCAACUUGUCCAUGCUGACUAGAUAUCCUAAAUUAAUCCAGUCUCAUUUGGCCCAUAUCCUUCUAAACUCUUCCUAUUCAUAUACCCAUCCAGAUGCCUUUUAAAUGUUGUAAUUGUACCAGCCUCCUCUACAUCUUCUGGCAGCUUAUUCCAUACAAGCAGUACCCUCUGUGUGAAAAAGGUACCCUUUAAGUUCCUUUUAAAUUUUGCCCCUCUCACCUUGCCAUCUAGUUUUGGACUCCCCCAUCCUGGGGAAAACACCUUGGCUAUUCACCCCAUCCAUGCCCCUCAUGAUUUUAUAAACCUCCAUAAACUUAUCCAUGAGCAUUAUUCAACUGUCUUUGAUACCUUUACCUAAAAAUGUCGUGAUCUUUGUUAUGAUAAUUUCAAUUGAUCUGAUCAUUUGCCAUUUUGAAGAUAAUUGUUUCAUGUUUCUACGAUCCUUUAUGUGAAGCAGUGCCACUUGAUUUCCUGAUUUUAAAUAGCAUGACAGACAUUUUUAAAUUAUGCCAUAUUGUUUUAGAUUUCCCUGUCAGAGAAAAUAGGUUCUCUUCAUUGACUCUAUUUGAAUCCUUUUAUAAUUGUAAAUACAUUUUGAUUAGAACAUCCCUCAGUCAUACAAAUUUAAGGGAAUACUAACCGUGUUUGUGUGACCUGUCACACUCUUAUUUAAUACUAACUCCCAAGUAUCAUUCUGGUGAAUCUGCAUUCCCGCCAGAUCACACAUCCAACCUGAAGUGCCGUACCUAAAAUUAAAUACAGUCCUCCAAAGAAUAAAAACAUGCUUUUUAUAAAGCAGUUUUAUCUAUGAAUACAUCUUAUGUGAAUGCUUACCACUGGUUUGCUCCUUUGUAGAUUUGUGAAGAAAACCAUUUGAGCAAUCCUGUUUUGAAGUCCAUUUAGCACCUUGUGUGGAGUGACUAUACUGUCAGCAUGCGGUCCAGUUUUGUUGAGUUAUGAUUGUUGUCUUGCCUCUCCUCCAGCCAUUUUGCUUGGUUUUAGCAAAUUCUGUAUUAUGGAUUAUUUCUAUGUAAAACCUGUACUUCAGAUAAACACAUUGAAGAGAUCAAGAUAAAAGACUUUUUAAGACAAAAGAUUUCUUUUAAAAAAAAUUAUACAGGCAGAUCUAUUCCAAACCUAAAUCCGUUUGGCUGACUUACCUGUCAUUAUACCGAGGAAAUAUGUUUUCAGUCCAUGCAGCUAAUUUCCAUGAACUUCAGUCGUCUUUAAAAGCCUGAAGUGGAGCUUCUGAAAAUCCAAAUAAAUUACAUACUCUGAACAACUAAAUGCACUAAAUUAGUCAACUUUUCGAAUUCUUGACAUCUGAUCAAUCAGUCUAUUCUUUCACACUAUAUAUUUCUUGUAAUCUUUGCAAAGACUACAAGGAUGUUGCCAGAGUUGGACAAUUUGAGCUUUUGGGAGAAGUUGAAUAGACUGGAGCUGCUUUCCCUAGAGCAUUGGAGGCUGAGGGGCGACCUUAUAGAGAUUUAUAAAAUCAUGAGGGGCAAGAAUAGGAUAAAUAGACAAGGUUUUUUCCAUGGGGAUGCAGAGUCCAGAGCUGGAGGGCAUAGGUUUAGGGUGCAAGGGGAAAGCUUUAAAAGGAAACUAAGAGGCAAUUUUUCAUGUGUGUGGUGGUGCUGGAAACUGGUACAAUUACAACAUUUAAAAGGCAUCUUGAUGGCUAUGUGAAUACAAAGGGGUUAGAGGGGUAUUGACUAAAUGCUGGCAGAUGAGACGAGAUUAAUUUAGGAUAUCUGGUCAGCAUGGACUCAUUGGAUGAAGGGUCUGUUUCCAUGCUGUAUAUUUCAAUGACUGUGACUCAGAGGAGUUCAUGAAAUACUCAAAUAUUUCUCCAACAUGAAUUUUUAACACUAUUUCACAUUAGUUAUGCCUUAACAUUGCAUUAUCUGUUUGUAAAAUGCAUGAAAGUGGUUUAUCACAUUUUUGUAAAUAUGUGGCUUUUUUUAACCAAUUUUCUACCUUCCCCUCGUUAAAACACUUGCUCCUUGAUGUGUUGAGAUUUCACCACUGAUACUACACAACUUGUGAUGGGCUUUACCCAUGAAUAGUGAUGUGGUUGAACAAUUUGUCACUCACCAUGGUCAUCUCUGACCCAUCUGAUCCUAUUUUCAACAGGCAUCUGCAUGUGUGUACAUCCAACAGGGAAUACUGAACACUAACCAGAAAUGUGGGUCAGUGUUCCUCUAACUACCUGGUUCAUCACAUUUCCGUUGAUAAUCAAUUUUGCUAACCAGAAAUCAAACUUGCCUUGGCGUUUUCCUUUUCCAUAUGGUUUACCUACUCACCAAGUUUCUAAAUUAGCAUUGUAGGUAUUUUUCUGUGAAUUUCCUGGAAUUAAGAUUAAAUUCUAACAAAAAAACGCAGAA